AUCAAUCUAUCAACUCAGCCGAUUUAGAAAGAAACUCAAAAGAUUAAAAUUGUCGGCAAUCAAACUCGAUCAACCUAGUAACUAAGAUGGUGUACUCAUCUGUCGCACUCGACCGAAUUACUAAACCGAUCGACCACAUACGGGUAAUACACCAUUCAUUCAUUCCCUGCCAGCAAGGUUAUUCAAAUAUGUCUCCUCUUUGUAAAACGCCCUCACUUGAGGUCAUAUAACACAUGUUAUCACAAUCGACUUUAUCACUACGAUAAUGUACGUAUCUAUCAUUAUCGACCUGAUUACUAAACUGAUCAACAAUAUAUCGGCAUAUACCAUUCAUUCAUUCCUUGCCAGCUAGGUAUUUAAAUAUGUGACCCUUCUUUGUAAAAUGCUCUCACUUGGGGUCACAUGACACAUGCUAUCAUCUACUAAAGGACUCAAAAACUUCUCCUUCUCCUUCUCCUUCCACAUGAAACCCUCUGCUCCCAACCCUGCCUCCAGAAUUUAAGGUGGCAGAGAGAAGAAGAGAAGCACCAUUCUUGUGCUCCCUCCCACUCUUUUACAUCCACUCCCUGCCAUUUGGAUUCCUUACAGCUCCUUUUUUAUUACUACAGAGCUCUUCUUUUCAAGCAAUUUGUUGACCAGUGAGUGAUCUCCAUGUGGUCCUUUUGUCCCCUUCUUCUCCUCCUUCUUAUUCCCACUUCCCACAUAGUUUGGCUUAAUCCUCACUCCAUUGUCUAGUGUGCAAGCAAAGGCUUCCCACUCUGCUCUCUCUUCUCUUCCCUCCAUAGAUUAAAAAGAUUGAAACUUCAAUACAUCUUAUAAAUAAACAACUGCUAGAUCUGAUCUCACAAUUUUGUGAUAACAGAGUAGGCUUCGUGCUCUGUUUACUCUGUUUUUUGGAGAGGCAGGGGAAGUGAAGAAAAAGGGGAAGGCAAUAUUCAGAUAUCCAUCCAUGGGGAAGCUGAUGGGUUUUGGGAAGGUGUUCGACAGACUCUGUCUGUCUCCAUCAUCGCCGAACUCGAACUCCUGCUUCUGCACGAAAUUCAUGGAAGCUGGUGACGAUGAUGAUUUGGGGGAAGUGUUUGAGCAGAAGGCGCCAUUGAUGUUGGGGAGUGUUGAGAAGAAGAGCAGCAAGGUGGUGAGACUCAAAGAUGUUGUCUCUGUCAACCCGAAUCAGACUCUGGCAUUUCAACUCAAGCCCAAGAUGGUGAUUCUGAGGGUAUCCAUGCAUUGCAGUGGCUGUGCCAAAAAGGUUGAGAAGCAUGUUUCCAGGAUUGAUGGAGUGAGCUCAUACAAAGUAGACCUUGAAAGCAAGAGAGUGGUGGUGAUUGGAGACAUUCUUCCUUAUGAAGUGUUGGCUAGUGUCUCUAAGGUCAAGAAUGCUCAGCUUUGGAUGUAAUCUCCAUAGUAAUCUCCUCUUAAUCAUUCAUUAAUUAGCCUUCCCUCCAAUUCCCAUUUUGUUGUUAAUCGCAAGGGAAGGAGGCAAGUCCUAUAUAUAAUUAUGCUCUCUCUAUAUAUAUAUCUAUGAUAGAAAUGUUUCCUCGUGUAAAUGUAUCCAUAAUCCCAUUAUGUAAAAUUCAUCAAUCAGUGGAAUGGAUUUUGCGUUUGUUAUGGCAUUGUCGUAGUCAUAGAAUCUUUAUCGUUACCAUUUCGUCAUUUCGAAUAUGAACUAACACGUUUUUCGCUUUGUACCCAAAAAAGACUAACAUAUUGCACUCUUUUUCUAUCUUGAGUCCCAUUAAAACCUCGAUGUGAAGAGGGAGGAAAAGCUCGGAGUUUUUUUUCAUUUUAACCUACAUAUAUGUCGUCUGAUUGAGUUUUUAGAAAGAAUGUGAAGAUGGAGCGAAUCCAUAUGCGAUAAUAAAUUGAAGAGUGAACG